GAGGGACAGAGCCGGGAAGCUGAGAGGCCCCUGCACAGGAAAGUCCAUUGAGCUGCAGAUGUUUAGCAGCUGCAGACAGAGGAAGUGCCUGAGAGGGGGGUGAAGUUCGCUGGGCUCCAGAAGGCAGAACUGGACGGGACAGAAGCGCCUGGAGGCCGCAGUCUUGCAGCAUGGCUCUUCCACCACCUCCGUCCUCCCCUCCACCGCCUUGCCCGCAGUCGAGAGAGACUCUGAGUCUGAACAGGCCCUUCUUGAGAAGUCUGCUGGGAGUGCUGCGCAUUGCCCAGCUGCUGACGGGGGCUGUCUGCUGGGUGACUUUAGCAGCGCACAAGUAUGAAGGAGCCACCUACUUUGCGGUCUUUGCAGCGGUCCUACUGUGGUUGCUCACCUUGGCGCUCUUUGGGCUCAGCCUGCUGGGCCGCUGGUCUCUGGUGCCGGUGCUGGGAACCCGCUGGCUUAUGACGAACCUAAUGCAUGAUCUGUUGCUUGGGGUUAUUCUUUCUGCAGCUGCUACAGGCAUCCUGAUCCAGAAGACACAGAGUUUCACCUAUUGCAGCCUGCCAGGCUACACCUGGCCCUGCAGUUACAAAGCCUACCUGACUGCUGCCGUCUUUGCAGGUAUUACUGCCUUCUUUUACCUAAUUUCAGGACUCUACUGCCUGGUACGACAUUUCCAGGGGCACAAGGAUAUCUGAGAGAUGCAAGAAGGUAGGCUGAUGGGCAGGGAUGGACAGACCCUUCUUCAACCAGACGGACAAGCCUUGUACACAUACAGUCCCCACAGACUGCUCCUUGUUCCAGAUUCAUCGUUGCCUUCCUGAUGGAGAGAAAAAACUUCAAUAGACUUUAUUGGGAGAGGGGGAGUAAUCCCCUAUGUCCAUGGUACUGAUGGAUGCUCUAUACCCUUCAUCAACGGAUGGAUGCAUGCUUUCAUGACCCAGAAGCUAGAAAUGGUGUAUCCUUCAGAUUAAACGUGGGAGCCAGAUUGUGGGUUUCCCCGUUUCUUUUCUUCCUUCCCUUGGCAGGUGGGUCUCUGUGGGUCUAGAAAGGUUUGGCCUGGUCUAUGAUUCCAGAAUAUGUGGUUGACAUAAGGUGCCCUGGAAGCCCUUGAUCAUUCAGUGUUAUUCAUAAUCCUUAUAGGAGCAGAUUUAAUUUAGUUUGUAGUGUUUGUCCAUAUGUUUUUAUGCCAUAUACAUAAGAUCUCAUCCUCUCACAUUUAAUUAAUGUUUAGUAAUACUGAAUAUCCACCCUUUAGGGUGCUCUGUUGGUAUAUUAUUAUUAUCCCAUUUCAGAAGUUAUAUAAGCAUAAGCUUAGGAACCACCCCCAAAAGCUUCCAUUACAUUCUUUUCUUCCUCCAUAGCAUUCUGUUUUUAAUCAGAUAUUUAUAAAUGAUGGUUCUUAGUAACUUUUUUAUUUUAGAUAUGACCCUGAUGUGGACAUUGUGACAUUUAUAGCAUAGCAUAACUCCAGUAACCAGUUUUUACUUUUUAAAAAUGGAUGUGUUGAGGCUCAUGUCUUUUGGAUAUUUGCACUCCCUAACCUGUAUUUCCUAAAUGUGGGGCAUUGGCUUUGCUGAUUAAAGCAAGAGGCACAUUCUCCUUGCUUUUGCUCAGAUGAAGUUUCUUUGUUCUUACUAUUAGAUAUGUAAGCUAAAUCCUGCACCAACAAUGGGAUCCAAAGCUGAGCUCAUGAGUCCAUUUCUGAGCCCUGGCAAUCCCUAGCUCAAAUUACACACACUGUGCCCAUAAAUGUCACUCUUGUAACUUCCUGAAUUAAUUAAUGCUUCACUUCCUUGAAAUAUUGCCUCGUAUUUGAGGAAGCCACCCCACAAGCCAAUUGGUCAUAAAUAAUAGGAAACAUUGGAGAGUUCUGCAACAGGUUAUGUAGUGAUGGAACAAAAGAGGCCAGAGAGCAGGGCCCUCUCACAGAAAUUGGAGUGAGGUGCUGGUCAUCAUCUGAGGCCAGGAUUGGAAUCCAGGUGGAUCAUAGAUGUGAAUCUACCCAGUGUGGCUCUAUAUGAGGUUGGGGCCAAACCUUGAUAUUUGGUAUCUUUAGGAGGCAAGUAGUUGGAUAUUAGUUCUGUGAUCUGCAAAGACUUCCUAAAGAUACCCAAAUUCAGGUUCCUACUGAAGAAUACUAAUAGUGUGUGUGUGAGAGAGAGAGCUACCGGAUUCCAGACUGUUCUUAGCCCCUUUUAUGGCAGGGUCUGUAUUCUCCUGUUCCCAUCAUAUUCCAGAGAAGGAGGCAUAUUUUAUUCUGCAUGAAACAUCAAGAUAAAUCCUACCCUGGAUGGGAGAAAGAAUUGAAAGAGAACCCCAGGGUAAAAAUUUGCAGACAGGCACUGCAGCUGAAUGGUCGACAGUGGAGGAAAUGUAAUUACUGCAAAAGCUGGCUCUGGGCCGGAAAAGGGGAGGAAAAUAUUCCUAUGGCAACUGUGAAGAGAAACAGUUACGUCACAUGGAAGACUUCUAACAGGGUCAGGGUGCAGAGUGCCCGAAUUCCCCGUGACUUACAGGGAAACAGGAUCCAGUGCUGUCGGGUACUACUCCCGCAUAUCUCAUGACUUUACAUGAAAUAUAAGAAUGUGACAGCACUAACCAUACAAACCUUGGAACUAGGAUCAACCCCCAGUUGUUACCAUGUAAACUGAAGGCUUCAUCACGCUCACGGAUUGUCACACAUUGGAUUUCACCACCACUGGAUUUCUGUCUCUGAAAUAUAGAAGUGCCUUGCAUAAGAGACCCCUGCACCCCUUUGACUUCUACUGUUUGUCUAAUUGUGCUAAACUCCCAGAGCAGCUACCACAGCUAUCUUUUGCUAAGAUGCUACAUCUAAUGUGCCUAUAUAUCCCUACCUUUUUUCAAAUGGUAGGAAUAGGAUCAUUCUUGUUGGAGCCUCUUUUCCCUGUGAUAAAUGGACCCUAUUCCAGCAACACCAAAUGAGGAAGCCCACUUCAACCAUGCUUAAGAAAUCAUAUCUCAGAGUGGACUGCGGGAGUUUCCAAAAAACCAUUGGAUUCCAAACUCUGAACAUUCCUAACUUUCUUCCUUCUCUUCUACAUGUAAUAAAAACCUUGCUCCCCA